GGACCCAACAAACCCAAAACUCUGCUCACACAUCAGAUAAAUAUCAUCGCCUCUCUCGACUCGACAGCAUGCUAAUUAAACUGUUGCCGUUUCCCUUUGGACCCGAACAAGUGUCCUCGCGCUGAUUAGUUUCGAUUGGUUUAUCCGGGAUCUGCGAGAAGUACCCGAUUCCCGAGCCGGCGAGCGUCAUGAAAAACCCGUGAGUGGUGUCGAAGCGGUCGUCAGCGGCGACGCACUCGCAGGCAAUCAGACUUGAUUAGCGGGUUUUUCACGGCCGCCCUCGUACGCUGAAAUAAAACGCGUCUGCCUCCGCUCUGCGUGCUCCGCAUCGAUCCACGUUAUUGAUCGUGGCCCAAUUCAGCCUGCCUCUUUUUAUGCUAGCCAGACAAUAGCAUUUGGGACGUUGUAUCGGACGUGAACGGUUAGCAGGUGGUUAUUGAGCAAAAGGUUCGAAUUGGGGAUUGACGGAACCUUUUGAAAAUUGCUCGCCUGAAGACGUUUUGCCUGAGCCACGUGAAAUUUGUGCAGGACGAGUCGUCACCAAAAGCCACGUCUGCCGUUUUGCUUUGACACGCAGCGUUUUGCGGCUCAUUUUCCAGGGGACUUAGCGUCGGAAUUCAUUUCAGUUGACAUUUGUCGAUAGUUAGCGAGAAUUAUCGAUAAAGGGGUUGUAAUUGCUGAUUUACCGCAUGAUUAACUCAUUGAAAGCUACAAGAAGGAUGUGAACCGUGUUCCCGCUUCCCGCUCGACGGACCUUUUUGUAUUCAUACAGACGCUGGUGUAUGGGUUUCUUUUUUUGGGGGGAGGAAGAGUAUGAUGGCGGCACCGUAGCCGAGCGAGGUAAGCGGCCAGGGAAGUGACCCAGAUAGAGAGAAGGGAACUGUGUGUUGUUUCCAGCAUUGGCGCUGCGUUUGGGGACGUGCUGGGCCAUCUGGCUGCUCUGUAAUUGGGUUGAAGGUUUACAGCCGAUGGAGCGGAUUCUGUUCUUCGACUAUUCUUUCUGUCUGCGUUGUAUAUCUUUUUCAUGAUUUCAUUAUAUGCAGACGGCCGUGCCUUGACUUCCUCGAGUGUCCCAACGUUGGAGUUUUUUGAGUCACAAGUCAUCACUUGCAUGGCUCGGCAAGAUGAACGAGAGUCGGAGGGAAGCGCUGGCGGCGGCUCCCGCGCCCACCGCCUCCUCCUCCUCCUCUUCCUCGUCGUCCGGCAACACCACCAACAUGGCGGGCGGCCCCGGCGCCGGGCCCAAGGACGAGGCCUUCUCCAAGCUGAAAGACAAGUUCAUGAACGAACUCAACAAGAUCCCACUGCCGUCGUGGGCCAUCGUGUCCAUCGCCUUCGUGGCCAUCAUCCUGGUGCUGGCCUGCUGCUUCUGCGUGUGCAAAAAGUGGAUCUUCAAGAAGAAGAACAAGAAGAAGGGCAAGGACAAAGGCAAAAACGCCAUCAACAUGAAGGACGUCAAGGACGGGGCCAAAACCGAGGCCUUGAAGGAUGAGGAGGACGCCGAAACGGGCCUGACGGAAACGGAGAAAGAGGCCGAGCCCAAGGAAGACCAGAAACUGGGCAAAUUACAGUACUCGCUGGAUUACAAUUUCACCGAGAACACGCUCAUCGUGGGGAUCAUUCAGGCGGCCGAGCUUCCCGCCAUGGACAUGGGCGGCACGUCCGACCCCUACGUCAAGGUUUACCUGCUGCCUGACAAGAAGAAGAAGUUUGAGACCAAAGUCCACCGCAAGACCCUCAAUCCUGUCUUCAACGAGCAGUUCACCUUCAAGGUUCCCUACGUGGAGCUGGGCGGGAAGACCCUGGUGAUGACGGUGUACGACUUUGACCGCUUCUCCAAGCACGACGCCAUCGGCGACAUCAAGGUGCCCAUGAACAAGGUGGACUUCAGCCACAUCACAGAGGAGUGGCGAGACCUGCAGAGCGCCGAGAAGGAGGAGCAAGAGAAACUGGGCGACAUCUGCUUCUCGCUGCGCUACGUGCCCACCGCCGGCAAGCUCACCGUGGUGGUCCUGGAGGCCAAGAACCUGAAGAAGAUGGACGUGGGUGGCCUUUCGGAUCCGUACGUGAAGAUCCACCUGAUGCAGAACGGCAAGCGACUGAAGAAGAAGAAGACCACCAUCAAGAAGAACACGCUCAACCCCUACUACAACGAGUCCUUCAGCUUCGAGGUCCCCUUCGAGCAAAUCCAGAAGGUGCAGGUGGUGAUCACGGUGCUGGACUACGACAAGAUCGGCAAGAACGACGCCAUCGGCAAAGUCUUCGUGGGCCUCAACAGCUCGGGCACGGAGCUGCGCCAUUGGUCCGACAUGCUGGCCAAUCCCAGGAGACCCAUCGCCCAGUGGCACGUGCUCAAGCCCGAGGAGGAGGUGGACGCGCAGCUUUCCACCAAGAAAUAGGCAGGCCCCCCCCCCGCCCCCUCCCUCGACUCUUCAACCGCCCCGCGCCCCCUCCUCGCCUCGCCCGUCGCCUCCUCCACGCUCCUGCCUUCUAGUGGAAAGGGGGUGGGGGGCGGCAAGGUAUGACGUGGGGGGCACACGAGGCCCUCCAAGUAUUUAUUGCGUCAGGAACACUGGUAGACACAUUUUGACGGAACCUUUUCUUCCAUUUUGUGACCUGUCUUGAAAUUAUGCUUUGAUCAAAUCGUUGGUUAAAUGUUGCUUUUGUGUGUGUGUGAGUGAUGACAUUGUCAAACAAUUGAACGCAUACGUUCCCCCCAAAAAUAGGAAAUAGUGGGUCAUCUCAUUUAUUGGAAAUCAUCAGAUCAUGAUAUACAUUUUCCAUGUCCAUUUGUUAACAAGAUUGAUUUUACAAAUGAAAAUAAUUCUCAUCACUGAAUAGAAAUUAAAAAUGACUAUUUUUUUUUUGAGAAUGCAGAUGUUCUGCUAUUUGCGAGAAAUCAAAAUGUGGCCCCUGGAGCAACAAACACUGCCUCCCCUCAUCCCUUCCCUUUCCUGCCCCCCCCCCUCUUCAAUUGCCAGUCUGUGUAAAUACCUCAGUGAUAGCCACGCCUCCAUAUCCUCGCCAUCAGGGUCUCUCUCGUCGCUUGGUCGUCCCCCCCGUCAGCCCUUUGGCCAGGCCCUGCCCCAGCCCCUCCUUCUUUUAAGCAAUAUGAUGUGUAGAGACGACAGCAUAGCGCAUGACUGACACACUUGUACAUAGAUGACGUCCAUCCGUCCGUCCAUCCGCGCGCUGUACUGUAAACUGUAUACGUGAUGCAGGCCCACACAUUUCCAGUUGACGUGUUUCUAUGUUGUUCUAGCUGGA